AUGGCGGAGACCAGUAAAAAGAAAAUAGUAAUUGCUGGAAUUGCUUCAAUUCUUCUAGUUGCUUGUGUUGUUGGUGUUGCCGUUACGUUUACAAAAAAAAAUGAUGAUUCAACCUCUAACGGGGGCGAAAUUUCGAGUUCUAGCAAAUCCGUACAAGCCAUGUGUCAACCUACGCAAUAUAAAGAAGCAUGCGAAAAAUCACUUGGAUCGGCUAAAAAUACUAGCGAUCCAAAAGAGUUGAUUAAAACCGCAUUUGAUAAUACUAUGACUGAAAUUUCAAAUUCAAUUAAAAAUUCAGCUCCAUUUAAGGAAGCUGCAAAUGAUCCAAGGACUAAGAAUGCUUUAAAAGUUUGUGAUGAAGUUCUUGACCGUUCGAUCGAAGAGUUCAAGAGAUCUUUUUCACAAAUUGACAGUAAUGACCUUAAUAAAUUGAUUAAAGAGUAUAUCUAUGAUGUUAGGUCAUGGCUUAGCUCUGCUGUUACAUUUGAAGAGACUUGUAUAGAUGCAUUCGCUAACACGACUGGUGAUACUGGUGAGAAAAUGAAGAGUAUCUUGAAAACUGCUAGCGAGUUGUCAAGUGUUGCACUUGAUAUUGUUAGUAGCUUUGAGGAACAAAUGGCUGGGUUGCAAGGCCUAGGUAUCGCUAACAGACGAUUGUUGGUCGCGGAAGCAGGCAACCGAAGGCUCCUUCAAAUUGCAACCCUCAAGCCCAAUGUUGUGGUGGCUCAAGAUGGUAGUGGACAACACAAAUCAAUCAAUGAAGCUCUUAAAACAGUUCCCCCAAACAAUGCUCAACCCUAUGUCAUCUUCAUCAAGGCUGGUAUUUACAAUGAAAAUGUUGAAGUUGCCAAUACAAUGACCAAUGUUGUUUUCAUUGGUGAAGGCUCAAACAAGACCAAAAUUACUGGCAACAAAAAUUAUCUUGAUGGUCUCCCAAUCUUCCUUACUGCCACUGUUUCAAUCUCCGGACAGGGAUUCAUGGCUAAGGAUAUCGGAUUCGAGAACUCAGCAGGACCUUUGAAAAAAGAAGCUGUCGCACUCCGUGUUUCAGCUGAAAUGAUAGUAUUCCAGAACUGUCAAAUUGAUGGUUACCAAUCAACACUUAUGGCUCAUGUUGGCAGACAAUUCUAUCGCGAUUGUACCAUCUCAGGAACCAUAGAUUUCAUCUUUGGAGACGCGGUGGCUGUGUUCCAGAAUUGUAAGAUAAUCGCGAGGAAACCUGAGGAGAUGCAGACACAGGCUAUCACAAUCGCAGCUCAGGGAAGGAUGCAACUAUUCGGAACAGGUCAGUGA